AUGAAAUCCAUUUACCAAUUCACCAAAUUCAGAUCCUCCACAUAUAAUCAGUCUCUGCCGUACCUUGAACAAACCAAAUUCGAUCCCAAAAAUCAAACCGCCAUUCUUAUGCUGAAUCUAGGAGGGCCCAAUUCAUAUUAAGAAAUCAGUCCAUUCUUGGUCAGAUUCUUUGAAGACACCACUGUCAUUAGAAUACCUUUCGGUUUGGGUCCAUACAUAGCUAGAUUGAGAGGUCCUGCCAAAAUCAAUAAGCAAUACGAGAAAAUAGGAGGCUUCUCUCCUCUCUUCAAAUGGACAAUGGUCCAAGGAAUUUUGAUGAGCAAGCCAUAGGGAAGUGGAUUUCUACCAGCAUUUCGAUAUGGCUUACCCCUUCAGGAAGAUGCUAUUGAGUAUGCCUUUGAGAAAACUGAAGGAAGAAUAUAAAAAUUCUUACUCUUUUCUCAAUAUCCUCAAUAUUCUUGUUCAACUGGAGGGAAUGCAAUAAGAAAUGCCAUUGAAUUACUACAAAAAUAUAAGACAAUUCAACCGAAAUUGGAAGUGUCAGUAAUUGAUUCUUGGCAUAAAAACAAAUUCUACAUUUCUGCCAUGGCUACUCUGUUGAACAAUAAAAUUAAGGCUCAGAAUUUGGAUCCCAAAGAUACACUCAUUCUAUUCACAGCUCAUUCUCUACCAGCUGAUUUUGUAUGGGAUGGUGAGAAAUAUCCAUAUUACAUCUACGAGUCUUGCUAAUUGGUCAUUGACAAUCUUAAGAAUAUGGGAGUCUCUAUUACUUUUGAUUUAUCCUACUAAUCCAAAGUAGGCUUGAACAAAUGGCUCAGACCUGCCACUCAUCAUGCUCUCAGUCAAUACAUCCGGAACAGCAAAUUCAAAAACAUUCUGAUUUCUCCUAUGGGAUUCACUAGUGAUCAUCUUGAAACACUCUAUGAAUUAGAUAUCUAACUCAUGGAAGACUUAAAGAAGGAUAUUGAAUCUAGUAAGAAAAAUGUGAUUAGGGGUGAUUCAUUAAAUGACCACCCAUAAUUCAUCGCAGCAUUGAGUGACCUAGUUACUUAAGGGUUGGGUAACAAAAAGUGCAGCAGCAAGAGAGAAAGAUGUGUAGACUGUAAAUUCGAGUAGUGUGACAUAGUUAAUAAGCAUGAGUUAUGAUAUUAAAUAUAUAUAUGCUUGCAAUGAAAAA